UACGUGCGUUAUAAACAAUAUCGGUGCUACGGGAUAUGCCUUCCAUUGUAGCCCAUUCGAAGAUGCAUCUUUCAUUGUAGAGGGAAGAGGAAGAAGUGUGAUGGAGAAGCAAUAUUCCCAGGAGUUCUUCGCUUCCUUCGUGGAGCAGCUUCAACAAGUGUGUCGGAAUUAUUUAAACUUCAGUCAGUUUGUGGAGGUCAGUGGCUAUGUGUGUGUGGAGAUCGACAACCUGAGGAAAGAGAGAUACGUCCUGAGUGAACUGCUACAGAGCAGUGGUAAUGUGGUCAGUGAGAGCUACUGUACAAAGGCUUUCAAGACUUUGAGAAAUUCAAAAAAUGUGUCAUCGUCAGAUGUGAGUGCAAGACUAGGGCUACCUCUAACUUCAAGGACCAAUUUCAAUAGGAACAAAUCAAACUAUGGACAGAGUGAUCAAAGACUGGUCUCAAAUCAAAAUAUGUUUGGUCAACAGGGACAGAGGUCUGAAUUCUUAACCAGAAUCAAACCAGUUCCAUCUCGACAACUCGGCCAUACUGUUACAAAUGAUGAUGAUGACUGUAGAAGUAUUUCAAGUCCUGUCAAGAGAGGUGACAUAUCUGCUGUCAGAAAUUGUCAGUCAAGGGUUCCAGUAUCCCAGCUGAAGCAGACUUCACACAGAAAUAUUCGAUGCAGCAGAACAGACAAUAUUUGAAUGUUGAUUCAGCUAGUGUUCAAGGCCAAAGAGUGUUGCAGACUUCCAGUACAGAAAGGCCAAGGUCCAAAUCACUGCAUAUACACAGCAACUAUACAACUAGUCCAGGUUCUACGGUUAGUGAUGGCUCUGCUCUUCACAAUUUUGAAGUAAAAGGUGAAGAGGUCCAAGUGACAUUGCCUCAGUGUGUUGAUCUGGACAAUACAAGUUUUUCCCACAAAUCCCACCAGAAUGAUAACCCACAACACAACUUCACUGUUCAGUCACCCACCUCUUCCCCUGAUCAGUCUGAAGAAAGAGCACCUGUCAGAUCAAAACCUUUGUCCUCUGUGUUAACUGUAAAUGAUGAUGAUGAAGAUGAAGUCAUAGAUCUGGAUUUGUUUGAAGAUGAUUUGGAAGAGAGUCUGACAAAUGAACCUUUUCCCAUGGAGGAAGACUCCCGAGACUCCACUGCUCCAGCUUCCCAUCCGAGUCCAAAUAUUCCCGCCUGUUUCGUCCAGAAAAGUUCCAGUGCCAUGAGUCCUGGGUCCAAACAUGUGAUGAAGUCAGCCAUUAAGCAGUUCCAGAGGUACCACUCUGACAAGUCCGGCCAGGACAUCGACCUGUGGUCCACUCCUCCUGAACAGCUGAAUGAGCUCCUGCUAGACUUCUACCAGGGUGGGAGAACACUCAACGGCAAAGAACUCACACCAGGAUCACUGAAAAAUGUGCAGAUAUACCUGGACAAAUACCUCCGAGAAGGAGGCUACCCAUUUUCACUUUCAAAGGAUGAGCACUUCAAAACUUCCAGAGAUUUCAUCAAAGCGAAAGUUCAUGAAAAUAGUAAAUAUGUUGUUGCGCAGAGACAUAUACCAGUGACUGACAUGGACAUUGAAAUUCUUUUUCAAACUCGCCAACUUGGAUCACAUAGCCCGGAAUCUGUUAUCAAUACUAUGUGGGUUCUCAAUUCCAAAUACUUUGCUAUUAAAAGACCUUCCGAACAUUUCAAUCUGAAAUGGGGGGACAUUGCUUUGAAAGUGGACGACCAAGGUCAUGAGUACCUUCGAGAGGCAGACCAAAGGCUAUGAGGCUUUUGCUCUCCGAGUAUUUGCAAAUUCAGAUAUUCCUGAAAGGUGUUUCGUCAAUGUGUACAAGCAGUACAUGGCUGCUCGACCAAAGUUGAUGCUUGAUGGAGCAAGUGCCUUUUAUCUGAAAGGCAACAAGUCCCCUGUGAUGGAUGUGUGGUUCCUCCCAGAGUCCAUGUCCUGGUGCUCGCUUAUCAACCUCUGGAAGAGGAUGGUCAUUGGGAGUGGGCUGCCCAUCAAUAAAAAAAUAUUCUAGGAAGACGUCUGAUGUGUGGAGAUGGAGAAACAGUACUCAGUGGAGUUCUUUACCUCCUUUGUGGAGCAGCUUCAAGAUGUGUGUCGCAACUACCUCCACUUCAGUGAGUUUGUGGAGGUCAGUGGCUAUGUGUGUUUGGAGAUCGACAACAUGAAGAAGGAGAGAUACGUCCUGAGUGAACUGCUACAGAGCAGUGGCGAUGUGGUCAGUGAGAGCUACUGUACAAAGUCGUUCAGAACAUCCAGAAACUCAGGAAACCUGUCUCAACUUAGCACAACAACAAGUCCUCUGAGUGGGAGGCGGAACUUGUCAUGCAGAGGAGCAAAGUAAAGAGAGAACAUAGAACUAAGAUACAAUAUCAUCGGGGCAGACCAAGAAGUCCGUUGUGGCCUGAAAAGAACAGUAACCAUUAUACAAUAAUCAAUAAUGAUGAAAAAGAUUUGACAGAAAACAUGGAUCUGGAUGAUCAACCUUGGUUGAUCAAGCAAAAAUCCACUCCUGCUAGUAAACAACUGCAAAACUGGUCUACUCAGGGAUCAUUGUCCAGAAGCCCUCAGGGAUCAUUCUCCUCCCCACUGAGGAGCAACAAAUCUUCAGGACAUCAACUUACAACAGUCUCCCAUAUCCAGGAGGAGUCUGGACAUGAAGUAUCCGCAAUAUUGCCAAGUGACUUCCUCCUGGAGAAUGUAGAACAGAAGGUGAAGCAGGAACCGGAGUCCAUCUCAUCUGCUGCUUGUGAAGAGGAGGAUAUCACUGACCUUGCACUGUUUGAGGAUGAGGUGGAUGACAGUCAGGUUGACAAUCAGGAUGACAGUCAGGUUGACUUGCCUUCGUCCAUGGAGGAGGAUACUUCUCAGUAUUUGUUUCAACGUAGAGAAGCACCUUUACCUGAGGGUUCUGAAUCCCAUAGAACUCUUUUUGGCACCAGAAAGGCAUCUCCGAAGGGAUGCAGUCGGGGGACCGAGCAUGUGAUCAAAUAUGCUGUCAAUCAGUUUACCAGGUACCACCAAGAAAAAACUGGCAAACAUAUUGAUAUGUUGACUCUUUCUCCUAAAGCUCUCAACCCUCUUCUCCUCGACUUUUUCAAAGGGGUGAGGAAGUUGGAUGGGGGGUUGCCCACUGCUCACACUCUGAAGAAUCUCCAGUCACACCUGGACAGGUAUUUGAGGACCAGCGGCUAUCCCUGUUCAACCGUCAAAGACCCAAGGUUUCUGUCCUGCCAGUUGUACGUCAAGGCAAGGAUGGAGGAGAGCAAUGAAUUGGGUCCCUCACAGAGAUACAUACCUGUCAAUGAGGAUGAUAUUGAAAUGAUGUUCAAAUCCAACCAGCUUGGCGCCAAGAAUUCUGAAACUCUUCUAAACACAAUGUGGGUCUUGAAUUCUAAAUACUUAGGAAUCAAGAAACCCUCCGAGCACUACAACUUGAGGUGGGGGGAUAUUGUUGUCGGACAAGAUGAACAAGGACAGGAGUACCUUCAGAGGAGGAGGUCACAAAAAGCCAUGUUUCCUUUUAAAGUUUAUGGCAGACCUGACAACCCUGAUAGGUGCUUCCUGUCUUUCUUCAGAGAAUUCACUGCAAGACGCCCUGAGGCUGCAAUGGACAGUAAAUAUUUCUUCUACCUAAGGAUUAACAAGCAUUCUCAAAAUAGGUUUUACAACUCUGAGAAUAUGACAGUGCACCAGCUUGGUGUUCUCUGGAGGAAGAUGGCCAAUGAUUCUGGUCUGCCAGUGAACAAGAAAAUUCUGUAAUAUCUGUGGUUAAAUGAACACAUUUUCUGAAUAAUUCAUGUGACAUCACUCUAUAGUACCAAGCAUGUAUUAAACUGAAAGAAAGUAUACACUUAAUAAUAAUAAUAAACACUUAAUGAUAAUAAUAACCCUUAAAAUUUAUAAAAUGCCUUUCUAGGCUUCAUAUCCUGCCUUAAAGUGCACAAUCAGAUAAAUAUUACCCCGGAUUACCAAAGCUGGCUGUGAGGCGCAAGAUGGUUAAUCCUAUGUCUAGUCCCGCUGGGUACCCAUUUUUCGCUUGGUGAACACUUGUGUUUGAUGGUGGCUGAAAAUGUAGCAAUGGUUCUUCAAUGGGGAGGUAUUUGAUAUAUUUUCGUUUAAACAUUUAAGUUGUGAGUCUUUAGGCAACUGUUCUCAGUCUAGUGAUGUUUAAUAUCAUCUGUAAUUUGUUUGUCAAAUCCAAGUUUCAAGUGUAUACUUUCUUUUGGGUGUCAGUAUAUUUCCUGCGCAAUGUUUCAUCCAGAUAUCUGAACUAUUCAGUUGUUAUCUCGGUAUCUCCAAGUGGUUCGUUCCUUGUCACCAACUGCAUAUGCAACUGUGUUUUAUUUUGAGACAGGUGUAUGUGUUGCUACGUUAGCUCCUUGUAAGUUUUGAAUUAUUUAUGCUAAAGAAAGGUAAUAAAAUCAUGGAAGUGCCUUCUGUUCCCAUCCUGUAUUAUGUAAAGAAUAACACAAGUGAUUGGACAUUUUUUAAGAAUUUUGUAUCAGGUAGGAAGCUGUUGAAUAUUAUUAUUUUUAACAAAUGUAUAGAUAUAAGAUAAUUACUUGACUUAAAAUACAGUGUCAACUUAAGAAAAUACUGUGUAAUCAGUAUUUCAAAUACAAUCUGAAAUAUACAAUAUAUCAAUAAAUAUAUGAAAAUAUAUACUUGACAAAUAUACUGCAUGGUAAUUUAAUGCAGCACAUUAGCAAUACAUGAGAAUCUUCACAUGAUAUCUGUGCUGCAUUUGAUCUAGCUUGUACACAAAUACAGCUCAUGCCUUUUGUGCGAUGUGAUUGUUGCAGAUGCACAUGCUUAGAAUUUAGCUAAAAAUCUGCAUAGCAGAAAGGUCAGUAAAAUCUAGUUUAAACAGUUGAAUGAUGGCAUAGCUGUAUUUUAAUCUUCAAUUUUCACAUAUGCAUGCAUUUUUUCCUUGCUUCAUGGCAAUUAGAACGAGUAAGUUUGGCUUAAGUCUGUUAUUUAUAUAUUGUAGUAAUGUUUUAUCAGGGAAUACCCCGAUUUGCCCUGUACCUCUCAUUUGAUUUUGUUCAGUAUGCUGGAUUGCCUGGUCCAGACUCAAUUAUUUACAGACCUCCACCAUAUAGCUGGAAUAUUGCUGAGGGCGGCGUUAAACAACAAACCAACCAUCUAGUUUUGUUCCCAGUUAUUAUCAAAGACAUCCACAUGAGUGCAAAUAUGCCCUGUGUUUCUUAGCAACGAGCAAUAUUGUUUGUGUUUUAUGUCAUUCGCUUUAUUUUCAUCGUCUGUCAUUUUCAGUCUUGGCGUGACUGAGGGAAAGAAAAGAUACGUCUUCGUUUAGCAGUGCAUGUUUAGAAAUGGCAACAGAUGUGUAAUUUGUUUUGUCUUUUCAUCCAUAAUUGGUAUGAGCCUUCAGACUUUUUACUCUACAUCAUGUCUCGGUUGUAAUAAGAGUUAUAUUUUCAAUGAUUUGUUACUAUGUCAUUAAAAGAGUAAAUAACAGUA